UGUCCCUCGUUUUUUCCUGUCGGCAGCAGUCAUAGUUAGAUAAGAUCCAUCUUUUGUCAAAUAAACGUAAAAAAUAGACAGUUUUAUCUAACCCUAACCUAAUGAUCCUAAACGGCCAUGUCAAUUAUCUUAACACACUGCGUUAAUGCUCCUAAUCUGCUGCUACGAAAAGUAAAAUCUGACGUUUAUUUGACAAAAGGUGGAUCCCUUCUAGCCGUAACCCACGGUACCGCCCCUACUACUAUCCCAGGUGUUCUGAACUUCCGUACUGCUUCCUUGGUCGGUUUGCCACCGCUGUUGACGCUAUGUUAUCGCAUUCCCGAUGUCUUUGCAGGACACUUGGGCGCUCUCUGUCUGCGCUAAGUCAGUGUAAUAAUGUGCUGGCUGGAAGGACUGCUUCAGGCCUCUCCACUGGCAACAGGGUUGUCUACGGGAACACUCAGUUAUGUGAGUCUCCGUCAUCAAUUGUCUUCCACAUUAGAUCCUUCAAGACGUCUGCAGCACGUAGGGAGGAAGUUGUCACUGUCAACACCCCUCCGUUCUCUGAGUCGAUCACAGAAGGGGACGUCAGGUGGGAGAAAGCUGUUGGAGAUUCAGUGAAAGAGGAUGAGGUGGUGUGUGAGAUCGAGACUGACAAGACCUCGUUGCAGGUGCCGUCUCCGGCGGCCGGUGUGGUCACGGAGCUCCUGGUGCCAGAUGGAGGGAGGGUAGAGGCUGGGAAUCCCCUCUUCAAACUCAAAAGAGGAGCAGCAGCAUCCGAAGCCGCCCCAGCAGCAGAGGUCCCUGCAGCAGUCAAAGCCGCCCCAGCAGCAGAGGUCCCUGCAGCAGUCAAAGCCGCCCCAGCAGCAGAGGUCCCUGCAGCAGCCGCUGCCCCUCCCCCAACGCUGGCCGCCGUCCCUGUUGCCGUACCCCCCUUGGCAGCACAAGCCAAACCUUUUUCUGCGGUCAAGCCCACUGCAACACCACCAGCAGCAGCAGCCCAUGGGGCCAGGACAGAGAGCAGGGUAAAGAUGAAUCGUAUGAGGCUGAGGAUCGCCCAGCGACUGAAGGAGGCUCAGCAGACCUGUGCCAUGCUCACCACCUUCAACGAGAUAGACAUGAGCAACAUCCAGGAGAUGAGGAAGCUCCAUAAAGAUGCUUUCCAGAAGAAACAUAACAUCGAGCUUGGCUUCAUGUCGGCCUUCGUUAAGGCUUCAGCCCACGCUCUCAUGGACCAGCCUUCUGUCAACGGAGUGAUUGAUGAUACAACCAAAGAGAUAGUUUACAGGGAUUAUGUCGAUAUCAGUGUGGCUGUGGCCACUUCGAAGGGGCUGGUUGUAUAUGUGCUCCUCUUCACCAGGGACUGGUUGUAUAUGUGCUCCUCUUCACCAGGGACUGGUUGUAUAUGUGCUCCUCUUCACCAGGGGCUGGUUGUAUAUGUGCUCCUCUUCACCAGGGACUGGUUGUAUAUGUGCUCCUCUUCACCAGGGACUGGUUGUAUAUGUGCUCCUCUUCACCAGGGACUGGUUGUAUCGGUUAUUCGCAACGUAGAGACCAUGAACUUUGCUGACGUUGAGAAAACCAUCAACGGUCUGGGAGAGAAGGCUCGUAAUAAUUUGCUGGCUGUGGAGGACAUGGACGGAGGUACCUUCACCAUCAGUAACGGGGGAGUGUUCGGGUCCUUGUUCGGCACGCCCAUCAUCAACCCACCCCAGUCUGCCAUCCUGGGCAUGCACGGUAUCUUCGACAGGCCUGUGGCCAUCGGCGGCAAGGUGGAGAUCCGGCCCAUGAUGUACGUGGCUCUGACCUAUGACCAUCGGCUGGUCGACGGCAGAGAGGCAGUCACCUUCCUGCGUAAAAUCAAGUCUGUGGUGGAGGAUCCCCGCGUUCUUCUGCUCGACAUGUGAUUCCAACCUUCCAUCACUGCAGCGGGGCCACGUUCAGUAGGCGCUAACGUUGUUGAGCAUUUACAAAUAGCAGUGUUGUUGACUUUCUUUUCUACCUCAGAGAGGUAUGUGGUUGUACAUAAUGCUCCACAACGUUGUGUCCUGCUGAACACACCCCCAGCGAUUUUUAAACAUCGCUCGGCAUCUGUAUAAAACCAACCCAUCCCAAAAACAAGCGACAGACAAAUCCAUUGUUAUUUACUUUGGGUUGAAGAGAGAGUCCUCGAUCUGUUUAAGUGACAAAGAUAUUAUAGUUGGCUGAAAGGCACAGACAGAUAUGGGAAUGGGGCUAAGACAGAAUUUAAUGUUGAGAUUAUUCACUUAUUAUUAGUUGGUUUCAUUCAGCAGUUUUUGCUCAGAUUGAAAUGUCAGAUUGAUUUAACAUCAUACAAUGUAUCACUGACUGAUGAACCGACCAGGUCUGUUCUGUCUCGAUAUUAGACUGACUCUCUGAUGAACCGACCAGGUCUGUACUGACUCUCUGAUGAACCGACCAGGUCUGUACUGACUCUCUGAUGAACCGACCAGGUCUGUACUGACUCUCUGAUGAACCGACCAGGUCUGUACUGACUCUCUGAUGAACCGACCAGGUCUGUACUGACUCUCUGAUGAACCGACCAGGUCUGUACUGACUCUCUGAUGAACCGACCAGGUCUGUUCCGUCUCAAUAUUAGACUGACUCUCUGAUGAACCGACCAGGUCUGUUCUGUCUCGAUAUUAGACUGACUCUCUGAUGAACCGACCAGGUCUGGUCCGUCUCAAUAUUAGACUGACUCUCUGAUGAACCGACCAGGUCUGUACUGACUCUCUGAUGAACCGACCAGGUCUGUUCUGUCUCGAUAUUAGACUGACUCUCUGAUGAACCGACCAGGUCUGGUCCGUCUCAAUAUUAGACUGACUCUCUGAUGAACCGACCAGGUCUGGUCCUUCUCAAUAUUAGACUGACUCUCUGAUGAACCGACCAGGUCUGUUCUGUCUCGAUAUUAGACUGACUCUCUGAUGAACCGACCAGGUCUGGUCCGUCUCAAUAUUAGACUGACUCUCUGAUGAACCGACCAGGUCUGUACUGACUCUCUGAUGAACCGACCAGGUCUGGUCCUUCUCAAUAUUAGACUGACUCUCUGAUGAACCGACCAGGUCUGGUCCUUCUCAAUAUUAGACUGACUCUCUGAUGAACCGACCAGGUCUGUACUGACUCUCUGAUGAACCGACCAGGUCUGUUCUGUCUCGAUAUUAGACUGACUCUCUGAUGAACCGACCAGGUCUGGUCCGUCUCAAUAUUAGACUGACUCUCUGAUGAACCGACCAGGUCUGUACUGACUCUCUGAUGAACCGACCAGGUCUGGUCCUUCUCAAUAUUAGACUGACUCUCUGAUGAACCGACCAGGUCUGGUCCUUCUCAAUAUUAGACUGACUCUCUGAUGAACCGACCAGGUCUGUACUGACUCUCUGAUGAACCGACCAGGUCUGUUCUGUCUUGAUAUUAGACUGACUCUCUGAUGAACCGACCAGGUCUGUACUGACUCUCUGAUGAACCGACCAGGUCUGUUCUGUCUCGAUAUUAGACUGACUCUCUGAUGAACCGACCAGGUCUGUACUGACUCUCUGAUGAACCGACCCGGUCUGAUCUGUCUCGAUAUUAGACUGACUCUCUGAUGAACCGACCAGGUCUGGUCCGUCUCAAUAUUAGACUUUUCCAUUCAAAGCACUUACAUCAAGAAACGGUCACGUGCCAAAAAAGCGUCAUGAUUUUACGGUGUUCCUCUUAGCACCAGAGAGCUUUUCAAUCAUCUGUAAAUGUAGUCUAUCCAUGCUACCGAUUUUAACGCCAAAUACGUGUUUUUAUCAUUCUAGCCUAAAGAAUUGCUCAGUCGGAUACAAGAUGAGGUCCAUUCUAGAUCGCCUGUUCUGUAUGGCUGUCCCAUGUCAUGACUCUGUUCUGUAUGGCUGUCCCAUGUCAUGACUCUGUUCUGUAUGGCUGUCCCAUGUCAUGACUCUGUUCUGUAUGGCUGUCCCAUGUCAUGACUCUGUUCUGUAUGGCUGUCCCAUGUCAUGACUCUGUUCUGUAUGGCUGUCCCAUGUCAUGGCUCUGUUCUGUAUGGCUGUCCCAUGUCAUGACUCUGUUCUGUAUGGCUGUCCCAUGUCAUGGCUCUGUUCUGUAUGGCUGUCCCAUGUCAUGACUCUGUUCUGUAUGGCUGUCCCAUGUCAUGACUCUGUUCUGUAUGGCUGUCCCAUGUCAUGGCUCUGUUCUGUAUGGCUGUCCCAUGUCAUGGCUCUGUUCUGUAUGGCUGUCCCAUGUCAUGACUCUGUUCUUUAUGGCUGUCCCAUGUCAUGGCUCUGUUCUGUAUGUCUGUUCUGUAUGACUGUCCCAUGUCAUGACUCUGUAUUUUGACAGUGCUAUUCCUGGGGGUUGGUUAAAGGGUCACCUCUUCAUGUCUAGUCUCAUGGCUUCCCCCGUUGCAGGAACUUCUGCAGCUUCUUUGGGAUGACUGUCCACUGAGUGGCAUUGCUCCUCUCUUUGAAACCACCGCAAACUAAAUGGCAUCCGAUUCACUAUAUUAGGGCACGACAAAGUUAGGGCUCCUUUACAGGGAGUAGGCUGCCAUUUCAUACUCAGGCAUUUCCACAUUGUAUUGAAGCUUUUUAGGUAGAGAAGAGAAACCACCUCUCCGGAGAGAGUUCUGUCAGUCCAUGACAAGGCAACAUGCAGUGUAACACCCGGACCAGUGUUCAAGUCGCACAAUUGUAUUUAAUGAUGAACUCUUCUUCGCCGAACCCAGGAAGCAGAUUCUCUGUGCUGUGUACAAUACUUGUAAACUUAAUUUAAAGGAAACCAUUUUAAACAUCCCAGAGUUUUAUGUACUUGUGGUUUUUUUCUUCUCCUCUCUGAUCUUAUCUAAUGUAUUUCUAGCUUUCCCUACACGUAUGACAGAACCCCAACUAGAGCAAGCAGCAGCACAGUGGCAAGGAAAAGGCAGAUUGGUUUCAAACGCACACAACACAUCUAGUAAUAUGCAGGUGCUGGUUACAACCAAAAACAACCAUGACAUUAAGGAUAGAUGCAUCAUGGGUCGAAACGUUGCCCAAUAAAACUGUGGGAGAUCUUU